AUGGCUACGGUGCUAGCUCAGAGUAAAGGUUCAUCUUCGAUCUUCCGAGAAGCAGUUAAUGCUGGUAAUGAAGGGAAGGAAAAGCCUCGACUGCGGGUAUAUGAGGAUUCGGACAUAGGAAAAGGCGGCCCCUCGCCUUCCAGCACGAUCAAGCUGCAGCCUAGAAAGUAUGACAUUGAAACGUUGUUGAGCAUCGGGAAAACCGUGGGGAAAACAGGUUGUCCCAAGCGUCUAAACUUGAGUAGUUUUUAUGGUAGUGGUCGGAGAUCACUAGGCUCUGGGUCCUAUGUAUUGCGGGAAAAGUCGAUCAACCAUACCAGGACAUCAACUGAUAUGUCUAUGGACUCAGAAGCAAGCUACCACACCACGCAGUCUUCGCAUUUCCAAUUCCCAUCUCGUCAGCCAAAAAAUGCACCUGAGGGAAACACUGCUCAAACCAACGAAGGAUUCGCUCGAUUUUUGAAAGAGCAUGCUUCACCAAAACAUCAUAGGGUCACUGCUGGUGGCCGCAUAGUUCCAAUGACUUUGCGUGCUAGUCCCACACCAGAGUUCAAACCUGCCGAUAAGGGGGUGGAUCCAGCAAGCAGCCAGAGGCCGGGAGAUUCCCAUUCUCCUAUGUCCGCUAAGGGCGACGAAUCAAAGGAAGAUACCGGAACUAUGAGGCGACACCGUACUCGAGCCACGAUGGACCACAGUGGCCGAUCGGAAGAGGGUCGAAGACGAGAUUCAGCAAUCAGUCAAACAUAUAAGAGAAAUACAAGUAAAACCACACCCCAGUAUCAGACACCUGUGAUAAGUGCGACCGUUACUGCUAACCCAACGACGCCAGGCCAGAUGGGAGGGCUAAACUUCGUUCCAACCCUAGGAAAUGGUGGGAUGGAUGGAAUAUCUAUGACACAAAGCCAGACGGACCAAAGUGCAUUCCCAUUCACUGGCUUUCAGCCGUACUACUCUCCAGCGGGUAUCUCUCAGACAGCUUCAGACCAAGCCCAGGGAGCAGCUCAAGCUCAAUUUAUGGGUCCCGCUUGCAAUAUUGCACCAUAUCCAACACCGCCUGGACUAGGAAUGAUAAAUCUGGCGCAGAUGUAUCAGUUACCGGGAGCCUUCAGUCCUCUUAUCGGACCUAUGGCAUCAGGUCUAAAUAUAGGGCAGACAAUUACCCAGCCCACUGAUUCACGCGGUCUAGGCAAUAUGCUGGAGAAUGCUAUCCAGGAAUUUGAAAUGAUCUCCGCACAGCUAUCAAACUUGGAUCGCUAUAUGGCUGUGCAUACAUGGGACAUUGACCCCGCUAGCAAAAAAAUUCUUGUAAUUCAGCGAAUGGAGCUGGUUACCAAGCUUGAUGCAGCUAGGGUUCUCAAAGAAAAUAUUGAGGUGGUGUUGCGAUCUAGUGGUGGUAAUGAUCCAGCGAUUCCGGCAAAAUUUCAGCAAAAGUGCUCAAAUGCAGGUGCCCACGAUUUUAUCACGGCUCCACCAUGUACGCCAAUUAUGACUCCUCAAGGAGGAUACUACCAUCCCGGAUUAACGAACACUGGAGGCAGUUCAUUUAGCAUGAGUGACGUACAUGGCUUCACCUCUCCGGUUCAGACAACCGAGUCUCUGUACAUGUCACCAGAGCCGUACUGUGAUAAUGGGUUCUUGGCCAACAUGCCAGUAUCUGGUGCCACCACCUCAAACAACUGGUCAGUAUCUGGAGGAAAUACCAUGGGUAUCCUGGAGAGACUUGCAGACGAUGACGAGGAGGAUGAUAUGAGAAUAAUCACCUCAGCGACUGGACAGGCGAUUGCCGAACCAACGCGGACUGCAUGCUUCCACCCUGACCUGAGUGCCAUCUACCAAAAAAUCGAGGCAGCUGCAAAGCGCAACGAACCCCUGGGGCCUCUCUUCCAGGAACUAGCCAAGGUUACAGCACAUAUAACCCGGUUAGGCACCAAUAGAGGCCGCAACCCUGAUAUAGCCGGUUCAGGUAGGAUCGAAGUGCCACGCGGACGGCCCAGCGCGCGACUGGAGAUCGUGGACCCCAAGGCACGACAAGCCACCGCUGUUCAAACUCCCAAACCUGUCAAAGCGCCCGCUGCUAACGCUGGGUCCUCAAAGGAGCCAGCUCGAUUUAAGAAGCUGAGCAAGCUUCAGCAGAGCCCGCUCUCGUUCACUCCAUGCAAGCAGCACUGCCGAAAGCACGACUCGAAGAAAGUGGAGACUCUGGCAAUCGAGCAAAAGGUCAACGCUCAUGGGUAUUUGCCGCCAUUCGAUGGGGGCGGGGAUGUGGAUGGGAGCCAGGCCCCCGGACGAGCCAGUCAGACGGAGCUCAACAAGAUCGAGGCUGCAAAGCCAGCGGCACCCUGCACCGAGAGUACAUGGAUGGACUUGCUUCGUACCAGACCAAAUGCCAAUCCGAUGGACGUGCGCCGGUUCUUUAAACUUCUCCGCGAUGAGGACUCUGCUGCCCUUGACAAGUAUCGAAAGGAGGGCGACAGACGAGCAUUUGGCUAG